AUCCCAAUAAACAGUGCGCAAUACUUGUGUUACGUCAGCGAUUCCGCGCCAAAAUUGACGACACGGACAUCAACAUACAGGGUGAGAGGGCAAUCUUGAUCUGUUUUCCUCUGCGCUGAGCAAGGGGAUCAUGGUGCUGAAGGGUUUGGAUGGGACUAGCUGUUCAGUUUAUAACGGGCUCAAAUAAGGCAGAGAGAGAAAAUUGCCCAUGGAUCUCAGUGAGUUUGAGGCAGACAAUUCGGUGAGCUGUCGACUGGCCUCUGCAAUACCUGAUGUCUGCAAGACCCAGGACUGUUGUUUGGGUAUCGAUGAAGCCGGCAGGGGGCCUGUACUGGGACCCAUGGUCUAUGGAAUAUGUUUCUGUCCCGUCUCCAAAAAGGAAGAUCUGAAAAACUUGAAAUUGGCGGACUCAAAGACAUUGACCGAAGAGCAGAGAGAGGACCUCUUCCUCAAGCUGGAUGAGGCCAAGAGCUUUGUGGGUUGGGCUCUUCAGAUCCUCUCACCCAACACCAUCUCCACCAGCAUGCUGCAGAGGUCUAAAUACAACCUGAACGCUCUCUCUCACGAUGCAGCAAUUGGCCUGGUGCAGUUUGUUCUGGACAGCGGUGUGCAGCUCAAAGAGUUGUUUGUGGACACGGUGGGCCCGGCAGCGAAGUACCAAGAAAAGCUGUCCCAGCGAUUCCCCGGGGUGGAGGUGACUGUUUGCCCCAAGGCUGAUUCCCUCUUCCCCAUUGUCAGCGCUGCCAGUAUCUGUGCCAAGGUGGCUAGAGAUCACGCCGUUAAGAGCUGGACGUUUCCAGAAGACAUGGGAGAACUGGAUACAAACUAUGGCUCUGGCUACCCCAAUGACCCGAAGACGAAGGCAUGGUUGUUGAAGUACCUGGACCCAGUGUUUGGCUACCCACAGUUUGUCCGGUUCAGUUGGAGCACCGCACAAACCCUCCUGGACAGCAAGGCGGUUCCUGUACACUGGGACGAUGAUGAAGAGGACGGGGAGAAGGCGGCAGCCCGUCAAAACAACACCUCCAUGCUGUCCUACUUCAAGGCCUCGGCCCAGCAGAGCGACUCGCGGACACCACACCGCUUCUUCACCGAGAGACGACUACAGAGCCUGCACACACUCUGAGGGGUGGAUGUAUACACACACACACACACACACUCUGAGGGGUGGAUGUACACACACACACACACACACUCUGAGGGGUGGAUGUACACACAC